CAGCCCUGGCUCUCUUUUUGUUUGUAUUGGUCACUGGCCGGUUCAAAUAACAGCGCUUUGUUUUGCGAAAAUCAUAAAUAAUUGCACAUCAUGGCUCAUCAGGAGAAAAUAGCUGAAUUUAAGAACUGGGCCACCAGUCUGGGAUGCCCGCCCUCUGCCCUGCCCACUGAUGAAGCGCUGCGAAGGAUCCUAAAAACCGGCUCCAGUUUGCUACUGAACCAGCUGCAAUCCCGCAUCCAGCCGGUGGAGUAUGUACGCGAGGUGCGCGAGAACCUACUGAUUGCCCAAGUGGCCCGCCACAAGGACAAAAUAGUGACGCUGGCUUCCCGAAGUUUUCUGCCUCCAGAGCUGCAGCGAUACCAAAAAAUCCAGGAGCUGAAGAAGGAAGAGGAGAAGGCGGAUCUACAGCUGGUCGAGGCCAGAAAGGAGUUCCAGAAACUAUCCGCCAGCAUCAAGACCAAGAACAUUCAAACAAUCAAAGCCGAGAACCGCAAGCAAUUGCUCGAAGCUAAAUGCAAUAUCCUGGAACUCAAGCUGGAGUCGCUGAACAAGGACUACGAGCAGGAAAAGAAGAACAAGGCCCAGAUCCUGGCCACUACGCCCGUAAAGCUGAGUGCCAAGAAUGCCAGCGAGGUGCAGGCCACUCGAGCCGUGGAGCAGGCACUCAAGCAGCUGGAGACAUUCUACGGGAUGUGCGAUGAGGGAAAUGCGGUACACAGCCUGGCGGAGGCCAAGCAGCGCCUGUGGGAUGACAUGCGGGCCACUUUUGCCGACACACCCAAUGCCCUGCUCCUGAACGUCAUCGUAAAGAUCAAGGAGGAGCAGCUGCAGCACAUAAUGCAUUUGAAUCAGACCAGAGGCACAUGCACCAUGGCCAAGACACCGCUAAACAACUACGAGGUAAAGUUGCUAAAGACCAAGGCCGAUAUGCUGGGCCUCGCUUCCAAAUUCUUUACGGCCCAAAGGGAGUUGGAACAGAAGGAGGAACGCUUUUGCAAGGAGUACAGCCUCUUUGUGGACAAGCUGCAAACGAAGGUAUACAGCAUCAAUGGCAUCAGCUUGGGCGAUGAGGAGUACGCCGAUGAACUAAUCAGCGACUAUCUGGUGCAGUACAACAUGCGAAAUUUCAAUCGCGCUCAGAACGAAUUCCUGCGCGAGCAGAUCGAGCAACUGCGUCUGGAGCUGGAUGCGAGCGCCAAGCAGCUGGAGAACCACGACCUUAAGCUGGGCUCUGUCAAGCAGGUGUAUGGCGACGUCAAUGCCAGUAUCAAUCGCAUCCAACAGGACAUGGUGCAGCUGUCGCAGAUCAAGGAGAAGAUCCUCUAUUCGCGCAACAUGAUGAAGAAUCUGCUGGACGACAUGCAGGCGGCCGCCCAGAAGCAGAAUGCCAAUUCGCAGCUGAUGAGCACCAAGCUAAAGGUCAGCAACAUGUCCAUCCUGGGAGCGGAGAGCUUUUGCCUGGCCAAUGAUAGUGUGCUUUCCAGCACCAAGGUGGAUUUCGAUGGCAAUUGCAGCACCAUGAACUCCUCGAUGCGUCGCAGCUUUGACAACAAAACAAUGAUGCCUGGGGGUGCAAGUACCACCACUAUGGUUGCCGCAUCCGCAGCCACUGUGCCCUCGCACUUGCUGGAAGUCAAUACCUUUGUGGACAUACCUCUGGAGAAGUUUAGCUGCAUGCCACGCGCCAGUUCCUUUCUGCUGUCGGCCAAUCCGCUCAUCGUCGAGGCCCAAGAGCUGGCCUCCACCGUUCAAUUGGCGCCGGGCUAUUUGCUAACUCCCUUCGGCGCUCUGCAGGAAGUCCGCAAACGCAUUUUGUGGGCGUCGGCAAUUGCCGCACACACGUCUGACUUGAAAUUGAAUUUGCAGCCGUUAAUUGUUGAUCCGCACGAUUUGAGGCUUAGGGCGAGUCGUCAGCACGAGGAAAUUGACCAUUUGCUGGACAACCUGAUGGCCAUUGGAGUGAAGACACAGUUGCAACUGGAAAAGGCCGAGCGCAUCUACCACUUCCUGCUCGAAAAUCCGUUGCGUCGCUAUGUUCCCCCUGGAAAGCGAUAUAACAAUGGAAGUUUCGCGGACUACGAGUCCGAGUUCAAUCUCUACUAUCGCAUGGCCACCAAUGGUGGAGGUUCGGUCAACUAUACCAGUGGAAAACAUCCCGAGAGUCGCGUUUAG